AUGCCGCCCGCCAAGCGCAAGGCUACUGAUAGCGGUCGGUCAAGUAGAGCUUCGAAGCGGGCGACACCCGUGCCUGACAUCCAAGAUGUUGGCAGUAGCGACGACUACUCGGACUAUGAGCAAGAUGCAAAGGCAGACAGUCUGAAAGAGGUCGUCGACAAAUUUUCGCUCGAAUCGUUUAGCAACAAAAAGGACAACUCGAUCCAAAGGCAGGAUCCAAACUUUGGUUACAAAGACUUCUCCUCGCUUUCCUUGAAACCGGACCAUGCGAACCGCCCCCUCUGGAUCGAUCCCUUAAAGGGCACUAUCACCUUGGAAAGUUUCUCGCCGCUGGCUCCUCAGGCCCAGGACUUUCUGACGACUAUUGCCGAGCCGCUUUCGCGCCCGACCCAUCUACAUGAAUAUCGACUCACCGGAAACAGUCUGUAUGCGGCGGUGUCGGUCGGUCUCCAGCCUCAAGAUAUUAUCAACUUUCUGGAUCGGCUAUCGAAAACCCCGCUACCGGACACAAUCAAAUCGUUCAUCAUCGACUUCACGAAGUCAUACGGCAAGAUCAAGGUCGUCCUGAAACAUAACCGCUUUUUCGUGGAAAGUACCGAUCCGGGGAUGCUGCAGAUGCUUCUUCAGGAUGAGGUUAUCGGUCCGCAGAGGUUACAAGGGACGGAGGGAAUCAUUCAACAAGCGGCUCCAAAAAUGGGAGGCUUGGUCAUUCCAGGUACCAAAGAUGCGGCAGGAGUACAACAGACAUCCGAACAGAAACCGGCAGAGGAUGCCGGGGCGGAAGGCCGUCAGGAGGAUGACCUUCUUUUGGCCAUUCGCGAUGAUGACGAUGACGAGGAGCAAGCUCAGGUUCACAGUUUCGAAAUUCCAAACGAGGCAGUGGAACCGGUCAAAGCGCGCUGUCAAGCCAUGGGCUGUCCGGCACUGGAGGAGUACGAUUUUCGAAACGACGAGAUCAACCCUACUUUGGAUAUUGAUUUGAAGCCAAAUGCUCGGAUUCGAAGCUAUCAAGAAAAGAGUCUGAGUAAGAUGUUCGGUAACGGACGUGCUAAGAGUGGAAUUAUUGUCCUUCCGUGUGGUGCAGGCAAGACGCUGGUGGGUAUCACGGCGGGGUGCACGAUCAAAAAAGGAACCAUCAUCCUUUGUACCAGUUCCAUGUCGGUGGUUCAAUGGAGAAAUGAAUUCUUGCGGUGGUCGAACAUCGACCCUGGUGACAUUGCCGUGUUCACCUCGGAUAACAAAGAGAAAUUCCGCCGAUCGACCGGUAUCAUUGUGUCGACAUACUCCAUGGUCUCGCAAACUAGAGCUCGAUCUCACGAUGCCCAGAAGAUGAUGGACUGGAUACAAUCCCGGGAAUGGGGUCUCAUGAUCCUUGACGAGGUCCACGUCGUGCCUGCAUCCAUGUUCCGAAAGGUCACCUCUGCCAUUGCGACACAGAGUAAGCUUGGUUUGACCGCCACGCUGCUCCGUGAAGAUGACAAGAUCAAAGAUUUGAACUUCCUGAUCGGACCCAAGCUUUACGAAGCCAACUGGAUGGAACUAGCUGAGCAAGGGCAUAUCGCCAAGGUCCAGUGUGCCGAAGUCUGGUGCCCAAUGACCACGGAAUUCUAUUCCGAAUACAUGCGGGAGAAAUCCCGGAAGGCGGCCCUUCUUUAUAUUAUGAAUCCUCGCAAGUUCCAGGCCUGCCAGUUCCUCAUUGACUACCACGAGAAGCGAGGCGACAAGGUCAUUGUUUUCUCGGACAACGUCUACGCCCUCGAACGGUAUGCUUUGAAGCUGAACAAGGCGUAUAUUUACGGAGGAACCCCUCAGAAUGAACGAAUGCGUAUUCUGGAGAACUUCCAACACAACGAACAGGUCAACACCAUCUUUUUGUCGAAGAUUGGAGAUACGUCUCUCGACUUGCCCGAGGCGACCUGCCUAAUUCAAAUAUCUUCUCACUACGGUUCUCGUCGUCAAGAGGCGCAGAGACUGGGUCGUAUUCUGCGAGCCAAGCGUCGAAACGACGAGGGCUUCAAUGCAUUCUUCUACUCACUUGUGUCGAAGGACACAGAUGAGAUGUUCUAUUCCUCUAAACGACAGGCCUUCCUUGUCGACCAGGGCUACGCCUUCAAGGUGAUCACCCACUUGCAAGGGAUUGAAAACUUGAACGGCCUUGCCUACGCAACCCCCGGGGAGCGUCGAGAGCUGCUGCAGGAAGUGAUGCUGCAGAACGAAACCUCGGCUGAUGUGGAGCAUGUCAACGACGAUCUCUUCUCCGGGCGUAGCGGUGGCGUCAGAAGUGGCAAAGGCGCCGUCAAACGCAGUGCGGCUACCCUCAGCGGACUGGCUGGCGGUGAAGAUAUGGCGUACAUCGAGUAUAACAAGAGCAGGAACAAGCAGCUGAAAGACAAGGGGGCCAGUCACCCGCUGUUCCGGAAAAUGGAGCGGGAUCGUCUCAAGCGCAAGAAGGAAUUGCAGGAUUUCAUGCGCUGA